CUGCUCAGACCAGGAUUACCUUUAUGGAUGGCACUGCUACUUUGGAAAUCUCCUCUGCUUCUAAAACAGAUGCUGGUGACUAUCUUUGCAAAGCUACCAAUGACACUGGAAGUGAAUUCUGCAAAUCCAGAGUGACCAUCAAAGAAAAAGGGAGAGGGGCACCAGCAGCCACUGAAGCAGCCCCAGCAGCUGCCAAACCUGCCAAGAAAUUGGACAACCUGUUCUUUAUUGAAGAGCCCAAGAGUGUCCAGGUUUCAGAGAAGAGCACUGCAACUUUCAUUGCCAAAGUUGGGGGCGAUCCCAUUCCCAAUGUGAAAUGGAUGAAGGGCAAGUGGAGGCAGAUGACUCAUGGUGGCCGAAUCUCAAUUGAGCAGAAGGGACAGGAUGCUAAACUGGAGAUCAGAGACGUGACCAAAACUGACUCAGGGCAAUAUAGAUGUAUUGCAUCAAAUAAGCAUGGGGAAAUUGAAUGUAGCACUGACUUGAAUGUAAGUGAAAAGAAAGAAGUUGCAGCGCUUGAGGGAGACCUCAGAGCUAAACUAAAAAAGACUCCAUCCAAACAGAAGAGCCCAGAACAAGAACAAGAAAUUAACAUUGUGGAGUUACUGAGGAAUGUGGAUCCUAAAGAGUAUGAGAAAUAUGCACGCAUGUAUGGAAUCACAGACUUCCGUGGACUUCUUCAGGCUAUUGAGUUCCUGAAGAAGGAGAAAGCAGAUGAAACUGGAAGACCGGAACUGGGAGAACAUGGGAGAAGAGAAUCUGAUGAGGAUUUAGACAAACUUGUGUCAGACUUGCAAAAGAGGAUGGAACAAACUGAGCCAAUAACUCUGGUUAAAGACAUCAGAGAUCAAACUACUGUCAGAAACGAGGAGGCAGUAUUUGAGUGCGAGAUCAAGAUCAACUACCCUGAAAUCAGUUUGUCCUGGUACAAGGGAACACAGAAGCUUGAUGACAAUGACAAGUAUGAAAUCAGAAUUGUUGGUGAUCGUCACCUGCUGAAGAUUAAGCGCUGUCAGCCCGGAGACCAAGGAAAUUACCGUGUCGUCUGUGGCCCGCACAUUUCCAGUGCCAAACUGGCAGUUGUUGAAAGAGAAGUGGAAGAGUCUCUGAAGCCUGCUGCUCCGAGGAUGCCUGUUGAUGAAACUGUCUCCAGAACUACUACAGGAAUGAGAGAGGAAGUGCCAACUGAAGUUCCUGAUGCUUACAAGAAGCCUGAACGAGAGCCGAUUCCCUCAGCUGAGGUGCCUGAUUCAACCAAAGUACCUGGAGCGAGGAAACCUGUGGAAGAAAUGAUCACCCCAGCAAGUGUGCCUGAAGGCAAAGAUCGUCUUUUUCCAAAAGAAUAUGAAGAGGCUAAGAAGCUUGUUCCUCAACCAGCUCCUCCUCCUGCUGCUCCUACCAAAGAUCAGGUUACUCCUAAAAAAGACAUACCUGAACACAUAGUAGAAGUGGCUCCUCCUAAGCCGCACAUAACACCUGGACUUAAAGAGGUACCUGCCAAGGUUGAACCUGAACCAGAGCCUGCAACAAGAAAGAAAGCCGGAGCACUCCCACCCAAAGUUCCCGAAGAGCCAAAGAAACCAGUGCCACCAAAAGCAGAACUACCUAAAAAAGUAGAGCCAAUUCCAGCUGCUCCGAAGGAGGCUGUUCCAGAGAAAGUUCCCGAAGAGCCAAAGAAACCAGUGCCACCAAAAGCAGAACUACCUAAAAAAGUAGAGCCAAUUCCAGCUGCUCCAAAGGAGGCUGUUCCAGAGAAAGUUCCCGAAGAGCCAAAGAAACCAGUGCCACCAAAAGCAGAACUACCUAAAAAAGUAGAGCAAAUUCCAGCUGCUCCAAAGGAGGCUGUUCCAGAGAAAGUUCCUGAUGAGACAAAGAAACCAGUGCCACCAAAAGCAGAGCUACCUAAAAAAGUUGCUCCAAAGGAGGAUGUUCAAGAGAAAGUUCCCGAAGAGCGAAAGAAACCAGUGCCACCAAAAGCAGAGCUACCUAAAAAAGUAGAGCCAAUUCCAGCUGCUCCAAAGGAGGUUGUUCAAGAGAAAGGUAGAGAAUUAAAUUUCUCUCUGGAGGCUUUACUACCCAGCUUAAUGGCAAAUUAUCAUACUUGUGGCCACUGACUUUUCUGUUACUAACCAGUGUGGCAUGUAAAGGAAAUGCAUUUUUCUUUUGUUGUUCAUUACUGUAAGUGAAUCAUGUUAUUUUCUUUUUGUCUGAAUGUUUUCGGCACUGUCAAAAUGUUUUUAAAUGCAUGCACCGCUCCAUUGAGUUCUUCAAGGUUCUAGGUAUUUGUAAGUCAUGCUAUACAGUUAUAUAAUGUAUACGAUAUAGCCUUUCACUGAUGCUGCAGUUAUUGUAAAUAAUAUCUACUUAUCUACUAAAUUAAUAUGAUCAUAAUUGGAUAUAUUUACAAAUAUUCUAUCCAAGCGAGAGUGCAAUUUUACUUAAAAUGCUUAAGAGUGAUUGGUUUUGUCAGUGAUCAGUCCUGUCCUGUCCCUGCAAAUGUUAGCUGAAGCAGUUUCUGAAGUGGCUUCUGCCUUUGUUUAUAAAAAGGAGAUUCUUGUAUUUUGUGUUGUAAUAUACCUAUUGUAUUGAGCUUCAGCUUUGUCUUGUUUGCCUCUGUUGUCUUUCAGUACUUGAAUCUUUUUCCAGAUGUGUCAGAUUUGCGUUCUGAAUUCAUUUAAUAUUUUAUGUGUCUCUUCAUGUAUCCAUAUGAUGUCUUUCUGUGUGUCUACAAUAAACCACAUCAAAUG